GGUGGCCGUCGCCCCAUCGCCAUCAAGCGCUCGCCGUGCGGCGAGGCCAUGUGGUUCAGCAACGAGGCCGGACACAGCGUCGCGCGGGUCGACACGGCAAUGGUCGAGCGCAUCGUGAGCCGACAGGGGACGCAGCCGACAGGGGACGCAGCGGUGGCGAUUCACUCCGAGGCGGUGGCGUCACUGGCCGCGGAGCAGGGCGUCUUUGAGGGUCCCGACAAACUGCACGACGCGGUGCUGGAGUACGCGGUUCCGAUGAUGAGCGCCGAGAUGAAGCUGGCGGGCCUCGCCUUCGACAAGGAGGGCAACCUGUGGACCCAGAGCUACCACGGCAACAUGAAGCUCGCGGCGUACAGCAUGGUCGACAAGGAGGCGGCGGACCCCGACUACAUUGUCAAGAUCGACAGCCUGAUCCUUCAGCAGGCUUGUGACCAGGUUGCGAGGAGGAUGGAGGGAACGACGCGCGACAAGGCGGGCAAGAUGUCUGGCAUCCCCGUCCAGCAGUUUGAGCUCCCUACGACGGCGACCACUCUCCACCGUAUCGUCGCCGGCCCGCCUUGCGAGCAGUCGGACAGCGAAACCUCGAUGUGGUUCACGGAGCUCUUCGCCGACCGCGUCGGCACCGUCCGGCUCUGCCGCGAGGCGUAGAGGUUCAUGUGGCGGGGCGGCGUAGAUAGACCCCGUAGGACGGGGUCUUGGGGCGGGUGCGCGAGAGCGGAGAAAGGAGUGCUGUGCAGUAGAGCUGUUGCGCCCAUGUACGCACACAAUUGUGGACGGAAG